GACUGUGCUUGCGGGCGGAUUGUCGACUAGAAAAGUUAAUGCUUACAGUUGCUGUAAGUGCUUUUCUAGAUAGCCGACAUGCAGCUCAUAAAGUGCAUUUAGUUUCGCUCAUAAGACAGUUCCAAUAAACACUUGGCAGUCAAACCAUGUCGGGACCAGUAGUCCCUGAAAAAACAACAAUGGGGGAGCCUGGGAAUUCAAAAAAUGAACUUUGUAUUCAAACAUCACUACCUUCAUCAGUCAAUUCUAAAUCUGGAAAUGUGGAACACCAAAACUCUGUGAACUCAGAGCCAUGCUCACCACAACCAAUGUCUCCCGACCAAGUUCAUGAUCUUCCUCCAGAGCUGCUGCAAGCAGGAUGGCGGAAAUUUUGGAGCAGGCGUGAAGGGAGACCCUAUUACUUCAAUAAAUUGACUAAUGAAUCUCUUUGGGAAACACCUACUUUGGGAAUAUUACAUGACCCCAUCACAGACCCCCUCGGAAUCAAUACAGAUUCCAGCAAUGGUGGGGUUCCUGUGCCGGCUGCCCUUGACAAGAGAUUAAGCAGACCCAGCACGGAACUAAAUCCAGUUGCAGCUGUUGCCAAACGAAGGGCAAGUGCCGAACUUUGUAUUGGUAGUCCCUUGAAGAAAGCUCAGUUAAAUUACAAGCCUUUUUGGAAUUUUGACAUCCCAACUAAUGCAGUGAUUAAAGAAAGAGCACCGUUGCAUUUACCACCACCCCACCCAGAAACAGAACUCUAUCGCAGUACUCUAGUAAUGAAACUCAGACAACAGUAUCAGGAUAUGUGCACACAAAGAGAAAAUAUUGAUGCUCCAGUAGACUCAUUCAAUCGAUGGCUUCUGGAACGUAAAGUAAUAGAUAAGGGGAAAGACCCACUUCUGCCAUCUGACUGUUCACCUGAGCUAUCUCAAUCUCUGGUGCAUGAAAUAAUGAAUGAUAUACCAAUCAAGCUGGUCAAACCCAAGUUUUCACAAGAUGCACGCAAGCAGUUGUACAAAUACGCAGAAGCUGCAAAAAAAAUGAUUGAAUCAAGGAAAGCUUCUCAAGAAGCUCGUAAAAUCGUUAAAUGGAAUGUUGAUGAAACUUUCAAGUGGUUGAGGAAAAGGCAUACUCCUUCAUAUGAUGAUUAUCUAGAAAGGCUGACUCACUUAAAACGACAAUGUGAGCCUUUUUUGUAUGAAGCAGCAGAGGAAUCUGUGAAAGCUAUCGUGACAAAAGUUUACAAGUUGUCUUCAGAAAGUGCUCAGAAAAUUCAUGCCAAAACAUGGGAGAUUUUUAAUGAGCAAAACAUAACAGAAGGCAACCCAGCACCUGAACCUUCCAACCCAAGACUUACUUAUUGCUAUGCAGUUCAGCUCAGCAUACCAUCAAUGAGACUGCCUGUUGUUGAAAGACAAAUUGAGAAUGAGAUUGCAACAUUGAAGUAUAAAACAGAAACAUUAAAAAUGAAUCAAGAACAUUUUUGGAAAAUGGAACAAUUAUAUGGCUUAAAUUGUCGAGACGAUCCACGCUUUGACAACUUUCUGGCUAGAGUGUGGUGUUUGCUAAAGCGAUAUCAGACCUAUUUUGGAUGCUCCCCAAAUGAAGGAAAAGGCAACCAGGGAGCCUUGACUCCAGCUGUGAUGGAGUGUCUCAACCGAGUCUUUGGAGUUACUUUUGAGUGCUUUGCUUCACCCCUGAACUGCUUCUUUAAACAGUAUUGUUCUGCCUUUCCUGACACAGAUGGCUUCUUUGGGUCUCGAGGGCCCUUUUUGGACUUCUACCCAACCAGUGGAUCUUUUGAAGCCAAUCCCCCAUUCUCUGAUGAGCUGAUGGAAGCUACGGUGGACCACAUGGAAAGCUUAUUGAGUGAGACCAGUGAACCCUUAUCUUUCAUUGUAUUUAUACCAGACUGGAGGGACCCACCCACUGAAGCAUUGAUCAGAUUAGAAAGCAGCAAAUUCAAGAGGAAACAAUUUAACUGUCCUCCUUUUGAACAUGAAUAUCGACAUGGCUUUCAACAUUUACCAUGCGCUAAGAGUGAAAUGAGUGCUAAAGCUUCUUUUGGCACAUUGGUUGUCUUUCUUCAAAAUGAUGCAGGGUUUGCAAGGUGGGGUCCAACUCCAGAAAAGAUAAAGGAACUCAUUCUAGCAUCAAAGCCUAAAGACCCACUGCCCAGUCCAUCUUCACCAUCCUAAACACAUUCUUUUACCAGGUUUAUUUAAAAUGGCUUUGAAAAGAACAUCUGAUAACAACAAAACUGCCGUUUAAGAAUGUUUGAGCAUAUCCAAGACCACUCAUCCACUACAUCAGAUCUUCAGUAUUAUUAUUAUUAUUUUUAAAGCAUUUAUGCCAAUGGAUCAAUUAUUUUUCAACCUAGGACAUUCCUCUAUCAGAAUUGAUCAACACUUACAUAGAAACAUAAGGCAUGAAGAAAUAUUUACCAUGUAAUAGCGACAAACUGAAAUUGCCCUUUUUUAGUGGAGAUUUCUGUUGGAGUUUCAAUCUUCAAUGUCUGGACAGGUAAGACCAUGGCUUUUAUCAACUCUCACUGGACAAUCUCAUUUUAAAUUAUCAUAAAAAUCUGCAUGGAUGUGUGUAGUUUACCAGCAGGUGAGACAACUCUGUUUCACCACAACUAUUUUCUCACUUGGGGAAAAAGAAUCAAGCAUUUAAUGUUCUUCCAUUAAGUAAAUGCAACCACAUCCAUCCAUUGAAUGAUCUCAGAUUAUCAAUUUGUACAUAGUCUACAUUUUAAUGUGUGCUUUUAAAGGGAUAUGUAUGUUUAGUUGUUGUAGUAAUGGACAGUUUUCAAGUAGUGCUGAGUUGUAAAAGUAGCUGAGCCUCUCUUUGAUGAAUUUUUUACACACACAUUAAUUCUUUUGUUUAACUUGGAAUUGUGGGAGAUUAAAAAAACUUUAUAAUCAAUAUGUACAUAUUUAUUAAAUUUAGAAAAAAAAUUGACAUUUAGAAUUUUUAGUUACAGUGGUAUAGAAAGUUUUUGUGUACAUAACAAUUUAAUAAUAUGCACGGAAUGAUAUUCUUAUAGUUAGCCAGAUGCUUAUAGCCCAAAAAGCUGGACGGCUCUUAUAAAAACUUUUUUUUAUUACUCAGUAGCCAGAAUUUUUGUGUUUGAAUUGAGCUAGCAAUGGAAAAUUAUUAUUGUUUGGUUAAAGAUUUCUAUUGGUAAAACACAACUUGGGGAAAUCUAAACAUCUGUUUUAUAUAUUGAUUUCUUUGCACUCUCCACCUAUGUGAAAAUGAAUGUGUGCAUAAGAUUUUAAGUCAUCUUUUUUUUUAAAUUGUAAAUAUUAAUUAGUUAUUUUGUGUAAAAUGGUUUUUAUUGAAAGCACAACAUCAAUGUUUUAUUACACAAUGAUUCUGUUCAGUUAUAUACUUAUGACAAUGUCAUUUUAUGCAGAUUUCUCUUGAAUUGCACUCAAGCUGGUGGUCCAUUAGUUCUUCAUUAUAGUGGCUCAGGGGAGAGAAAUCUCAUUAUAUUAAAAAUCAUUACACAGUUACCCCCAGCCUUGUUACAAAAGUUGAAAAACGUAUAAAGUCUGAGCUUAAUAAUCUAUUUACACAUUAAUCACUUUUUAUAUAACGAGAAAUAAUUUUUAAAUCACCAAGUUAUUUUCUGUGGGAAAAAAAUGUAUUCACUGUACCCAAAGUUAACCUUAUAUCAUCUUCUAUCAAAGUCAAAUCUUGUUUUUGGUUUAAAAAUGCCAACCCUUAUAUAGAAAUUAUGUCUAGUAAACUUAAAUCUUUAGGUAGCCUACUUUGAUUUUUAUAUUGAUCUUUAGGAUUUGAAAGAUGAAGAUAAUUAAUAGAUUAGCUAUAAAAAAAACUCAUAGGUUUUUUUAUUGGAGACAAAAAAAUAUUCUUUUUCAGUACAAUAGAAGCUUGUUCCAUAUGUAUUUAUUUAAAUGUAUAUUUUUGUUUAUGAACCAUGUCCAUAUUUUCAAGAAAUCAAAAACUGGUGCGUUGUUUACUUUCCUAUUCAUCCCAUUAUUAUGCUGAAUCAUAUUCUUAUGCACGUCUUUUACCAGUGGCCUAUUGCUUUUUUUUAAUGACUUAUGUGAUUGUGCAAUAAAUUCAGGACUUGAAAAAAGAAAUAGAUUGUAAAUACUCAUCCUGUAUAUAAACUCAUCAUACAGAUAUUUUAUAUUUUUUCAUAUUUUUGUUCCUAAAUCAUGCUAUCACAUCAUUUUAAGGACCUAGAUAAUUUAUUUCAUUAAUAUUGCGCUCAUUUAAUGAAACACUAUCAUCAUGACAAGGUGUUUUUUUUUAACUAACUCAAAACAUUUAUUUUAGUCAUUUGUGAAUAUCCAUUUAAUUUUAGCUUUGUUACAUCAUGUGGAGUAACUUCUCUUCUGGAGUUCAGAAAAAACCUUAUUUUGAUAGAGUUGUUGUAACCAGACCCAUGCGUUUCUACAUGUAAUAUAUAAUGAAUUUGUCAUGGUUGUUCAUUCUAAUUGUUACCUGUCCACUACUGAAUGUUGUCCAUUAUGUCUGUAUAUGUUUAAUAAGUCUUUGAAUGAACUUGAGAGGCAGCAGUAAAUUAUUUGGCUACAAGUGCAUCAUUGUACAUUUUUUGGUCAGUGGUGAUAUUGUUUACCUUUGAAAAUGUGAUGACUAUACUUUUACUCUAGCACCUGUUUUUUUGUUACACCAGUUUAGCCUGAUUGAUUCUACUGAUUUUUACUGUGUUGUUUUGUCAACAUGCUCGACCAAAUCUCUUUGGCAUUAAUUUAUGGUCUCUAACAGUUAAUUAACAAUUUAAUAGUUGAACACUUUGUUUGAAAUGAAAUUUGUUUUUUAAAGCGUUAGAUUAAAACCAAAUUAUUUAUUUUUUCUCCCAAAAUCCUUCAGUUUUUUCAAUCAGGGUUUGUUUUCUGUCUUAAAAAUGUUUGUCCCAGAAUCCCACACAGGGACUUUAAAAGAUUUUAAAUGUUCACCUUGCUCAUAGGAUAAUCUUUUGGAUUAUUUCUGCCUAUUUAAUUAUGACCAUGCCACAAAAGUUUAUAAAAUUCUCCAGUUUUUUAAAACAAAUUUAUUUCCACAACAAAAAUCCCUUGAAACACCCCAGCCACAAGUCACAUGUGCUAAAAGACAUGUUAAUGUGUCACUGUAUUUCUUGGGGUUCAAUUAUCCUUUUACUGUGGAAAUCUCUAUCAGUGUUAAGAUUAUACCUCAGCUGUUUUAAAUGAUCUUCAUUCUACCAUAUAAAAUUUUAAAAUCUAACAAGACGUGUAACUGUUUUUCUUUUUGUUGUUUUUGUUUACUUUUUUUAUUACAAUCUUUAAAAUGUUAUUUUAACUGUUUGAAACUUAACUGAGCUUUAAGCCUGUAGCACCAGUGUAACGUUAGCAGUUUUGAUAUGUUGCUGUCAUACAUGAUUUUCACAGGUCUUAUCAUUUUAUUUUUUCUGGAAAUUUGUUGGUAUUCAUUUGUGAAAACUAGAUAUAAACAUGUAAACUAAAUUGCUUUGCUAGAAAAAAAAUUUUAAAUGAUAAUUUUUUAUUAAAAUGAUAAUUCUUUAUAAUCUAAACAAUAUUUUUUUUUUACAGAACUAUCUUCAUUAAAUUUAAACCACUUUGCAACAUUUCUUACUUUUUUUUUGCUUUAUAUAAGCAAUUAUUAUUUUAAAGACAGUUUGUUUUAAAUUAUUUUUAAUGAUUGGAGAAAUACAACUUGACUUGAUGUUUGUUUUUAAAACAAAAAGUAUGUCUUAAAACUUGCAUAGUUUCUAUGAAAUGUUUUUUUUAAUGAAAAUAUUAUUACAUUUAUUAUUACUUUUCUCUUUGGAUAGUUAUUUGAAUAUCUGCACACACACAUUACAUCUUGAGCUCACUUUCUCCUCUACAAUCUUUUACUCAAGAAAGUUUUUCUAGAUGAUUAAGACAUGUUUACAGCCAUUUUUUCACUCUCUGGAUUCUAAUCAGAAAUACAGUUUGUUUAGUCCUAUCCAGCUUGCUGGUUACUCAAUUCUGUACAGUAUUGUUUGCUUACAUUGGGGUCUGGGAUUUAUGUCUUUUUAUUUUGUUUCGCAGCUUUUUCUAAUCAUUUUUUCUGACCAGUAGAUUCCUUGUUAUUUUUGUCUAUUUUUAAAUACAUAUUUUAAAAUAGACUAGCUGAUUAUUUAAGUGAUGUAAACAUUUGUUAUUGCAUUUCUGGUUUCAUAAGUACAAAGAAAUUCACUAAGUUACAAUUAAACCCUCUCACAUAUGAUUUCAUCUAGGUUAGAAAAAAGUCCUUUAGAUUUCAUUCUUUUAUAUCUUUUAAGUGCUAGAUAUUAUUUUUUAAAUCAUGCUAUAAAUUUUUAUUUCAAAGCUUCAUACACGUUUUGUAAAUAUUUUUAUAUUUUUUUAUGUACAAGAGGAGCUUUUGGGUACGUAUGAGCAAUUUUUUUUUUUCGUAUCUUUGUUCUUAUUUUUAAAUAUUACAUUUGAAAAAUUUAAUGUUUUCAUCAUUUUCCUUAUUGUAAUGUAAAUAUGAACUCAUCAAUAAAAAU